AUGGCCCGCUAUCGGUACGGCAAAGAGAAGGCUGCCUCCGUCCUAAAGGACGACAACGAGUCAACCAUCACACAGAGGGCGAAAAAAGUCCUCGAGAAGAUUUAUUGGAUGGCACCUACUUACGAAUUAACACAACACGAGACGGCUGUCAUUGUGGCCAACCCAAAGCAAUUUCAGCUUGACAGACGCUCACGCCUGUUUCUUCGACCUGAUGAAUUGGUUUAUCUUAUUGAUAAACACAUUAUUCGUUCCAAUGAAUUUCUAAAGACGCCCAUGCGACCGCCGGACCGAUCCGGCAUCCCAAUCGCCCCAGCCCCUCAACAGUACGAGGCUCCCGCGCCCAAAAAUGGGGAUGGGCACAUGGCAGGCUGGCUCAGAGACGGAAAGAAAAUCAAGAGUGGAUAUGUUUUUGAGGUUAACCACGACACUGUUCAAGAGGUGCGACUCUUUCAUGACAUGAUUCGCCUACAAUGGGAAUGUCUAUGUCUCUUGAUGCUACGUGGAGUGUCCAGCUGA